AAUAUCUCUCCUGACGAUAGAGUUUUGCGUCAGUGGUUGUAAUGCGAGCGCAAAACACACAUUCACUUCAUUAUAUUGUUCGCCAUUUUUAUCAUUUAAAACAAUAAUGUUUUAAUCAGUUUACUGUUGAAACUGGAUUUGGGGUAUAAAUAAGCGAAGUUUUGCACAAAUAACUCAUCUUUUUAUCAAUAAUGUGGAAAUUAUUGAUAACAAUAAGUGCUUUCGUAAGCAUAUCGAGAGCACAGUCUUCUGGACGUCUCAAUGUCUUAUCCAACGAAUUAUUGCAACAAUUUAUGACACGUUUGGAUAACAACCCAAACUUAGACGAUAUUGCCUUUGAAAGAAAUACAAACCCAAUCCGAGUGGCGAAGGGAUCGCCAGACUAUGAGAUCCAUCCCUUCAGGUUUCAGACCAGAGAUGACAUUCUUCUGCCACGAGAGCCGUCGCCACGAAAGGAGUAUUUGGAGCACUCGUCCCUUUGGGGCCACCAGUAUAUGCAGGGCGGGGCCGGAGAGGGCACUCAACGACUCAAACCCGACGGUAGUAUUAAGAACGUACAGGUGAUCAAAACCGAUGCCGUUCUGCCCGCGUAUUGCAAUCCUCCAAAUCCCUGUCCAAUUGGAUAUACCUCCGAAGACGGAUGUAUUGAAGAGUUUGAAAACACAGCGGCUUUCAGUCGAGACUAUCAGGCAUCACAAGAAUGCAUGUGCGAUACGGAACACAUGUUUGACUGUCCCGGCAAUACAGAUGAGAAUGAAUUGGAAACAUUGGCCCGAAGUAUACAGAAUGAGGGUAUUAUGGACUCGACAUUAGAUAAAUUGGUUGAUAAUAUUAGAGAAGACACGUCUGAGCACAAAGUGGUGGCCAAAAAAUUUUUCACCAAAAAAGUCGUCAAAAAGGCCAGAGAGGUUGGCGUUAAAGCUCAUAAACUUACAAAUAAUCCGUUCCUAACGGGAGAUAAACUUCCAGUUGUGGCUAAAAAGACACCCCAUUUGGCGAAAGGCAUUUAA